AUGUUUAGGUUUUCUCGGGAUAAGGAUCAAAGCAGGGGACGUCGUGGAGGCAGAGGUUCGAAUCGUGGCGGAAGUGGUGAUGGAAUCCCUGGCAAUCGAUUCGGAGGACGCAACAAUGGCGGUGGACUAAAAGGAAGACAGCCUGGUAACGCACUGAAAAAGGUGAAUUGGGACGCUUGUAUGCUGGAGCCCCUUCGCAAGGAUUUUUACGUGGAGCAUCCAUCAGUUAGAAACCGCUCAAGGGAUGAGGUAGUUCAGUUCCGACAACAUGCAGAAAUCACAGUGAAGGGAGAUGACAUUCCUAAUCCUAUUCAAUUCUUUGAGGAGGGAAACUUUCCUUCGUACGUUAUGGAUGGCAUCCGAAGACAGGGUUACGCUCAACCAACUGCGAUUCAAGCACAGGGCUGGCCGAUUGCUCUCAGUGGAAAGGAUCUGGUUGCCAUCGCUCAGACAGGAUCCGGAAAGACUCUUGGCGUGAGUUGCAAAACUCUUAAAAUGAUACGUGGCAUCUGAGGGGUCUUAUGAGAAUAUUUCUAUUAGAUGAAGUAAACGUGUUCUUUUCCA